GCCCUCGGGUGCCCAGCCCUAGGACAGCAGCUCUCUCCCGAGGCAGCAGCUCUCCAGGGUGACAGUGACAGGUGGCAGAAGACACCACAGGCAGCAUGGAGAAUUUGCCAGCAGCUGAGUUUGCCCAGGCAGGCCCCAUGUCUGUAUCGGCUUCCCUGAGAAGGGAUGCAGAUGUAGGGACAGGCCACCAGCAGCCACAAGCAGGGCUUGCAUCGGUGCACAUUGAGUGCCACCAAAGCCCUUUGUGGCACGGGCCUGUUUUGAAGGAGGUCAGGAUGUCCUUCAAGAGGAGGCCCUCAGAGGAGCCAAACAGGAGCUUUGGGGCCCACGGCUCAGGACAGCAGCAGGAUGGCCUGGAGAACAGAGAGCCACAGAGCCGAGGACAGGGUUCCUCACUGAGGCGCUCUAGGGCUCUCACUGACACACCUGGGCAGGACAGCAAACGCUCCUCUCCUGCUCCCAAGGAGGGUCUCAGCUGCCCAACAGAUGAGAGAAGAGGAGCAAGUGGCCGACCAGAAGGAUCUGAGGUCAAGGAAUGUCCCCUAGAUGAAGAGGAUGAAGGAGAGGAUGGCAGAGCCACUGCCACCCCAGCAGCUGAGGAAGAGCGCUGCCUGGUAGGGGAAGAGGCAGCAGGUGGCCCAGAUCCAGGUCAGGCCUUCACCUACAGCAUCCCUUUUUCUACCUUCCUGGAUAUCCUGGCAGAAGGGAGCCAGAUGUUGCGCAGGAAGGCGCUGAAUGUUCUAGAGAAGGCCUUAAUUGCUGCGCAAGGCAAAGAAGAGCAAAAGAGGCAGGACCCAACAGGCAGCAAAGAGCCUGUUCUGGCAGAGUCAGCCCAAUCCAUCAGGGCUGAGGGCCUGGACAUGGAGCACCCUGUGAAACAGGGUCGUGGCCAGCAGCUGGCAGAAGCAGAGUCAGUCCUGGAGCUGUGCAGGAAGGAAGCAGCAGAAGCACGAACACCUGCAGGACCUCCCUUCAGAUCUCCUUCUCCCACAGUCGUCAACGCCCUGGCUCAAGAGAGAAGGACAUCUGUCUUCAACAGUGACCCACGGGCUUUGCCCAGCUCCUUCAGUGCAAUGCACAGGAGAGGAGAGUGGGAACAGCAGGAGUACCUGGCACACAGCAUGGAUUCACCACUGGCAGUAAGAGCCAGAGCAGCAGAGGCUGUGAGCCUGGCACAUGGCCCACACAGCCCCACAGCUUCUGGUCUGGCUCUUCUGGACACAGCCCUGGAUAUGAGAGAUGAGCUCUUGAGCAAAGCUAAAAUUAUGAUUAAGGGAUCUGAGGUGCAAAGUGAAGAACAGGGAGACCUGGAGCAAGGCACUGGUAGGGGGAUGAGAGUAAUAGCCCCAGGAGAUGGGACAGAGAGGCCAGAACAUACCGUGCACAGUGGCACAGCUGAUGUACCGCUAUUCCUGGAGCACAAUGACUACAUCCAGACUGAGGUGGAUAAGAAGGCCGUGCUCACAGUCCAGAAAUCGCUCCAACAUCCAGAGGAGGAGCAGGACCAGAAACUCAGCACAGAGGAAUCAACAAGAGCAGAAGGACCUGCCGACUAUGCCCAAAACCUUUCUGCACCUGCUGUCAUCCACACACUAGCUCGGGUGAAAUGGCUGAAGCUUGUUGCAAGAGCACUUGGGGUCUGGGGAAUACUGAGGGCUCUGCGCUUAGCAGCUGCUGCCACAGCUAAUGCAGGAAAGGAGGAGAAGGAGGGGAAGGAGUUUAUAGCUGAUGUCAGCUAUGUGCUAAACGUAGUUGAACAUACCAGAACUGUCCAGGAUAAGGCUGCAUUUGGGAUGCAUGCAUCCAGCCAGCAGAUUAGGGAACAGCCGGUCAUGAAACACAAUGGGGAUGUGUCAUUAGCAGUGACACCCACUGCAGAUGGGGCAAAGAGGCAAGCACAUGAGAACCACAGUUGCAGAGCUGAUGCUUUGGUACUUCUGGACUACAAUGACUACAUCUGGACAGAGGUGGUGAAAAAGGCUGUGCUUGUGGUCCAGAAACCAUUCGAAUACCCAAAGGAACAGCAGGAGCAGGAACUAAGUGCAGAGGGAUCAAGAAUGGCAGAAAGACCUCUAGACUGUGCCCAAAGCCUUCCUGCACCUAUGGUCAUCAACAGCCUGGCUCGACAGAGGUGGCUGAGGCUUGUCUGGAGAUCACUGAGAGCUCUGCGCUUAAGCUCAAAAAGAACCUCCAGCACAGAAGAAAAGAAGGAGCUGAGAGCUGAUGGCGCAGAUGUGCUAGACACAGCCAAGUGUAUCGGCAGAGAUGUCCAGGAGCAUGCACCCAGCCAGCAGACUGUGGAACAGCAGGGCAUGAAAGACAAAGCGAAUGUGUCAUCAGCAGUGACACCCCCAGCAGCAGGGGCAGACAGGCAAACACACAAGACCCACGGUCCUAGAGCUGACACUCCAGUAUUCCUGCACUACAAUGACUGCAUCCGUACUGAGGUUGUUAAGAAGGCCCUGAUUAUGGUCCAGAAACCAUUUGAAUACCCAGAGGAGGAGCAGGACCAGGAACCAAGCACAGAGGAAUCAGUAGGAGCAGAAGGACCUGCAGACUAUGAGCAAAGCCUUCCUGAGGUCAUCAACACACCGGCUCAGCUGAGAUCGCUGAGGCGUGUCUCACAUGCACAGGAGGUCUGGAGAGUACUGAGGGCUCUGCACUUAGGCACCACUGUCACCUCCGACAAAGGAAAGGAGAAGAAGGAGAAACAGCUGAUGCCACGGAUGUGCCAGACAUAGAUAAGCAUAUCAGAAGAAAUGUCCAGGACAAGGCUGCACUUUGAAUGCACGCAUGCAGCCAGUAAAAUGUAGAACAGUAGGGCAUGGACCACGAUGGGGACGUGUCAUCAGCAGCGGCAGAGAGGAGAGCACAUGAGACCCACUGUUCUGGUUUGAAGGACAGGGGUCUGCCAAGAAAGGCAGAAAUUUUUUUUUUAAACAGAAACUCGAAUUGCACUUUUCCCAAAUAUUAUAAACGUUUGAAUUAAGGACUUUGAGGCAGAGAUAAGGGGGUAGAAAUAACAGCUUUUUUACUAAUAUAUCCAACUGUACCAGCAGAAACAACAGCAAUUGUUAAAAUUACUAACAAAACAGAACAGAUUACUCAGUUCCAGUCCUUUCUUUAGCUGUGAGCACGCUCUCUCUCGGCGGGAGCGGAGGCGGGAAGGGGCGGCCGUGGCCGCGCCGGUCUCAGGGGGGAGCGGCUGGAGCGGGCAGCUCCUCGCUCCCCGUUCGGGUUCUGGUGCUCAGCUGUGUCCGCAGAGACUGGAGGCUGGAGCAGGGCAGAUGCAGGGCAGGUGAUCGCAGAGGGUCUGGCUUUCUUUUGCGUUUUGCCGCGUGGCUCCAAGACCGAGAGGAUCCUCCUCCCCGCCCCCGGAAACACAAGUCCCCUCCGGAAGCAUGAGAGCCCCUCUUUAAGCCGAUCCCACCUACCCCUUUUGUCCAGAGCCUGCAAAGAUCCGCGGUGUACCCAGCAGCUCUAUUGGCAUGACAAUGGGAAAAAUUCUUUAAAUUGACACAGCAAUAGGAAAAACACUUAACUCCCAACAUUAUCCACCCUGAAUUUUUUCCAUGCCAACAUGCUACAGCAAAUUAAAACUUUUAUAUUAUAUACAUACAUGCAGUUACAGGCACAGUAUUAUAGAUAGUUUACUCUAGAACAAGGUUUCCUUGGGGUAUGCAUCGUGUCUGUCCAU